AUGACCAACGCCCUCAAAGCGACCAGCAUCGGCUGGCUGGUCAUCUCCGUCGGCCAUGUGGUACGUCCCCUCCAACUACCUUCUCUCUUCCUCAUCACCCACGUCCAUGGUAAGAACCCCGAUAAAAACAAAAAUCUGAGAUGCAUCCAGCUCGGCGCCAAAGAAUGGCAAUCCUCUCCGCAAUUCCGCGCCUUGCCGGUGACCGCCGACACCUGCGCCCGCGUCGGCUGGUACCAGGGGAGCGCCUUUUUCCUGGUGAACGCACUGAUCAACUACAACUGGUCCCUGGCCCCCGAGCAGCUGCGGAACCCAAUUAACAAGGCUGCGGCGCUCGUCAUGGCGCUUUCCAUGCUUGGGAGCUCGGCGGGGUACUUCCGGGGCGGGGUUAGUAGGAACGGCCUUGUUGUUGCAGUUGUCGGGGUUUUGCAGGCCUGGGCUGCGUUGAGGGUGAAUUGA